ACAACGCCAAGCGCCACAUAAUCUUUUUUUCUAUCCAUGGCGACACUCUCUUACUCUUUCCACCCACUCGCGUCUCUCUCUUCCUCUUCUUCUUCUUCUACUUCUUCAGCUUCAACAUCUCUUCCACACCAACCCCUAUUGAAGCCAGAAAUCCCCGCACUUUCCCGCUGCUCCUCUAGACUAUUCAAAGCCAUUCGACCCACGAGGCUCUUCGUUCACCCCGUUUUGCUCUUCACCGGCUUUGAUAGCCCCUUGGAUACCCAAACUUUCCUUGCCACUAUCAGUGUCUUGGCCGCCAUUGCUCUUUCUCUUGUUCUUGGUUUCAAGGGAGACCCUGUGCCGUGUGCGCGCUGUGCCGGAAAUGGUGGCACAAAAUGUGUCUUCUGUAACAGUGGGAAGAUGAAGCAAGAGAUGGGCUUGAUUGAUUGUAAGGUGUGCAAAGGUGCAGGAUUGAUCUUAUGCAAGAAAUGUGGAGGUUCUGGAUAUUCUAGACGGCUAUGAGAUUGGUUUGAGAUUUUUUUUUUGCUAUCUGCUUUCUCGAUUCCUCUAUUUUCAAUCUGUAAGAUUUUGCCCUGCCUUUAUUUUUUUGUUCUUGUCCAGAUCCUUGCUUCUUCUUUUUUCUUUUUUUUUUUUUUUUGCUGAAUCCCCCCACCCCUUUUGUCUAGUGUCCUUGUUAACUUAUUAGAAAUUGGUAAUGAAGUGAAGGAGUGAAAAGUUGUAAAUUCUGAUGUAAUGU